GUACAGAAAAGGUUCGCCAGAACAUCGAAGGGCAGGCCAACUCCUGGCUGGUGGAUGGAAAGGUCUCUUGUGGACUAUGAUUGGGGACAUGGAGUACAUGGUUCAGAGGUUGCACUUGCCCCACUACAGUCUGAAGAAAGGCCCCUGUGCUUGGUGUCGAUGCACAGGCGACAACAGUGAGGAUAGCUGGAAAGACUGUCGCCCAUCUGCAAAAUGGGUCACCAUGCAAUGGACUGCCUCUGAGUGGCUCGAGUGGGCAGACAGACCACAGUGCUCCAUCUUCCAGGAUGGACUGACAGCACUGUCUUGCCAUUUCGAUUAUAUGCAUUGCAAGUAUCUGGGAGUGGACCAGAUAGCAUUUGGAAGCAUCAUGGAGCUCUUAACAGUUCACAUGCUGCCCAACAGCCCCAAAGACAAUUUACAGACUUGCUGGCAACAUAUUCUGGCAUCCUACAAGAGCUUGGGCAUCACUGAAAGGUAUCGUGGAAUGAAAAAACUGACAUUAUUCCAGCGAAAAAAGCAGGCUCCCAAAUUGAAAGGUCGAGCAAAACAGAUUGCAGCCCUGGGGGAGCCUUUGCUUGCACUCUGGGAGGCCCACAUGAACCCUGCAAUCGAGGUCCAUGCCAAGAUCCGAACCCUUUUGAAAAUCAAUGUGGCCAUGGAGAAGAUGAUGAAACAAUUUCAAGCUUUCUUGGCUUUCCCUCCAGAAGAAGCUGCAGCUUUCACAAGGUACUGCUUUGCACUCUGCCAAAUCCAUUUGGAUUUGGGAAAGCAUUUUCGAGAUGAGGAGUUGGGCCUCUUCCCUGACCUUCCAAAAAUGCACAUGUUGCUGCAUGUCUGCCAGCUUGCCCAUGUCAUCAACCCGAGACUUACAUGGUGCUUCAGAGGAGAGGACCUUCAGAAGGUUGCAAGGACUUUGGCAGCAAGUUGUGCCAGGGGCCUCAUGGGGCCUCAGGUGACCUUGAAGAUGGUUUCCAAACUUCGUGUUGCUUGGCACCUCAGGCUCCAGAAAAUUCUGGAGGAGUGA